UUAUAUUUUAUGUUUACCGGUCUUGUACUCGAAGACGACUUAGAGUACUGUUAUCAUGAUCCAGCAAUAUGUUCUUUUUAGAAUAAUAAAGGUUUAUAUCGUGCCAACAUAUACUAUGACAUACAUGCAAAAUUACAAAUCAUGAUCUAUAUAUGUAUGUAUGUAUUUAUUGCUGUAUUUGAAAUUGACAUCCAUAUUAAAAGAUUAUUUCUAUAAUUAUACACUUUUCGAUUAUUUAGUUAUUGAAAAUAAAUAUUUAAAGCGAGUCAAAAACCAAGGUGGCGCCAUGAGGGUUGGUUUGCAUAAUUUGUUAUUAUCCUAUUGUUUUCGUACGUACUUUGAUUCUGCCUUUAAUAAAACACAGAACAUGGCAAACUUCUUUUUCAUUUGUAUGAUUGUGUCUGCGCAAUAGAUAAAUGGAGUGGUUAAGCGAUGGUCAUCAUGUUCUUCCAAAAUUACACCUCACCUCUUGAAUUUGAUAUGCAUUUGUUUUGGCACCCUACUAAAGGCAGAAAUAAUAGUAGUGAUCAAUCUUUUAUAAAAAAAUUGAUUACAAAAACCGAGAUGAUAAUUGUGGUCCAAGUUUCUGGAUAACUAUUAACUUCUAUCUGAAUAAGUCGUAAAACUUGCGGGGGUUAUAGGUUGACGAGUUAAUGAAACGUGUAUCUUUGUUAUUGGAUCAAUUACGUGAAUAGAAAGCUAAGAGCGCGCCAACAAAAAAUAGUCCAUUCAGCUUACGUGUCAAGUAAUGAUUGGAGCGGACAUAUAAAUACAUUAGCAAUAUAAAUACGUUGUGAGCUUCGUAUUCUUCUAAACCCUAAGCAUAACUAUUCUUCUGUACGUACGCAAGCUCUAAACAACGAAGAUGACGAAUAAAGCUCUUGCAUACUUGGUUUUUAUGAUGACAUUAGUUUUUAUGUCAAGUGUGGCAAUAGAAGGCGAAGAGGAGAAACUUGGGACAGUGAUAGGGAUCGAUCUAGGGACUACAUACUCAUGUGUUGGGUACCAUAACAACCACGUUGAAAUCAUAGCAAACGAUCAGGGAAACAGAAUCACACCAUCAUGGGUUGCCUUUACCGAUACCGAACGUCUCAUAGGCGAGGCUGCUAAGAAUCAAGCGGCCAAGAAUCCUGAAGGGACCAUCUUUGAUCCAAAACGUCUGAUGGGAAGAAAAUUUGAUGAUCCUGAUGUACAAAGGGAUAUCAAAUUCUUGCCAUACAAAGUUGUGAAUAAAGAUGGAAAACCUUACAUUCAAGUGAAGGUUAAAGGCGAGGUGAAAGUGUUUAGCCCAGAGGAAAUAAGUGCUAUGAUACUAAGCAAGAUGAAGGAAACAGCUGAAGCUUUCUUGGGAAAGAAGAUCAAAGAUGCUGUCAUUACCGUUCCAGCGUAUUUCAAUGAUGCGCAGAGACAAGCGACAAAGGACGCAGGUGCAAUCGCUGGACUUAACGUGGUACGUAUAAUAAACGAACCCACAGGUGCAGCCAUAGCUUAUGGUCUAGACAAAAAAGGUGGGGAGACAAACAUCCUAGUGUAUGAUCUCGGUGGUGGAACAUUCGAUGUUAGUAUCCUUACCAUAGACAAUGGCGUCUUUGAAGUCUUAUCAACAAGUGGAGACACUCACCUCGGCGGAGAAGACUUUGACCACAGAGUGAUGGACUAUUUCAUCAAACUGAUCAAGAAGAAGUACAACAAAGACAUAAGCAAAGAUCACAAAGCUCUUGGUAAGCUAAGACGUGAAUGCGAGCGUGCUAAACGAGCUUUGAGCAAUCAACACCAAGUCCGAGUUGAGAUUGAGUCUCUCUUCGAUGGAGCUGACUUCUCUGAGCCUUUAACGAAGGCAAGAUUCGAGGAACUUAACAUGGAUUUGUUCAAGAAGACGAUGGAGCCAGUGAAGAAGGCUCUUAAGGAUGCAGGAUUGAAAAAAUCCGAGAUAGAUGAGAUUGUUCUUGUUGGAGGAAGCACUAGAAUCCCUAAAGUUCAAGAAAUGCUAAAAGAUUUCUUCGACGGCAAGGAACCUAACAAAGGGACUAACCCUGAUGAGGCUGUGGCUUAUGGAGCCGCGGUUCAAGGUGGUGUAUUAAGUGGUGAAGGUGGUGAAGAAACUCAAAAUAUUCUGCUGCUUGAUGUUGCACCGUUGAGUCUCGGUAUCGAGACGGUGGGAGGCGUGAUGACGAAGGUUAUUCCGAGGAACACGGCUAUACCGACAAAGAAGUCUCAGGUGUUCACUACUUAUCAGGAUCAGCAAACAACUGUGAGCAUCAAGGUCUAUGAAGGCGAGAGAAGCAUGACCAAAGACAACCGUGAGCUCGGAAAGUUUGAUCUCACAGGGAUUCUUCCUGCUCCAAGGGGAGUAGCACAGAUUGAGGUGACUUUUGAAGUGGACGCAAAUGGGAUUCUACAGGUGAAAGCCGAAGACAAAGUUGCAAAGACGUCACAGUCUAUUACAAUAACAAACGAUAAAGGUCGUCUGACACAAGAAGAGAUCGAUGAAAUGAUUAGAGAAGCGGAGGAGUUUGCUGAGGAAGAUAGGAUUGUGAAGGAGAAGAUCGAUGCGAAGAACAAGUUAGAAACGUAUGUUUACAACAUGAAGAGUUCAUUGGAGAAGCUUGCGGAGAAGAUAAGCUAUGAGGAUAAAGCGAAGAUGGAAGUGGUUUUGAAGGAAGCGUUGGAGUGGUUAGAGGAGAAUGUUAAUGCGGAGAAGGAUGAUUACGAAGAGAAGUUAAAGGAGGUGGAAUCGGUUUGUAACCCGGUUAUCAAGUCGGUUUACGAGAAAACCAGUGGAGAGAGCGAGGAGGAUGAAGAAGUUGGUGAUGAUGAGUUAUAGUCAGGUCACAGGUGGUUUAUGGGUGUUUUUAUUAUUUUAGGCUUAUUGGAUUUGAAAAUGUUUUAUUUUAGUUCAUUAGUUUGGUCCUAACGUGAUGCAAAUUAUUAUUAUUACACACAAAAACAACUU